AUGUUCAAAUCGUCUUAUUGUAAAUUACUGUUGUGGUUUUUAUUACUGUAUGCAAUUUCAUUAGUAUGUGCUCGUGUCGUUCAACAACCUGCAGUAUCCGAAGUAAAGGACUUGGCUCCGGCAGCCAGCCAACAACUAUCAGCCAAUGUGCCUGUCGCAGAUACCCAAGUAGCCGAGUCCAAGAAGAAAUGGAAAAAAGGCGGUGGCGAAAAACAUCAUUCCGAUCACUUUUCCAAAAAAGGUAAAAAAUCCGACAAAGGGUAUAAAUCCAAACACUCGCACAAGAAAGGCAAAAAAGGACACCAUAAAAAGGGUAAAAAGAAGAAGCACUUUAAAGAAGAAAGCGGCCACAAGAAAAAGAAACACGACGAAGGAGGCUACCACAAAGAGCAUAAAAAAGCCGAAAAGGGAGAAAAAGGGCAUAAAUACGAAGACCACGGAAGCUACAAAAAGGGACACAGCACCAAAGGUAAACACGAAGUACACAAAUUAGACGAGUUCAAGAAGAAGAAACACUUCUUCGACGAACAUCACGAUGAAAAACAUCAUAAAAAGCACGGUGGCUACGAACACAAGCACGGGCACAAGAAAGGAGGCAAGUACAAGAAAGGGCAUAAGAAACAUAAGUACGAAGAAGGUCACAAAGGCAAGAAAGGCAAACACCAUAAAGGUAAACAUCACAAAGAACAUAAAGGACAUAAGAAGGAAGGAGGUGAUAAGAAGAAAUGGGGUCAUAAGUCCGAAUACGCCAAGAAAGGAGGUCAUAAGGAAGAUAAGAAAUGGGGAUUCAGCAAGAAGAAGUCGAGUAGUGGCUAGACAAUUUGUUCGAAAUAUCCAAACAACUAUUUUGACUGCUGUGAUAGGACUGAUUAUUUGUGUAAGUGUGUAAUGAAUAAUGGUUCUUAAUAAUUUUCAAAUAUUCAAAUAGUCAUCAUUUUUAGUGAAAAUUUUCAGUUUAAUAUUAACGUACUGAUGGUUCUUUUGUCGAAUCAUUCAACCAGUUUCGAGUCAUUUAGUAUACUAAAAGUUUGCUUCGAUAUUUAUUGAAUCGCUAGGUGUUAAUUUAUUUAUUUGUAAAUAAAUUAUUUAUUCGUUAAACAUGUGCGUUGGUAUUGAUCGAAUCAAUUGACGGUGGCGCCAAAGUGGCACAGUGAUUAAGAUGGAAAAUUUUUGCUGGACAAAGUCAAAUGUUUUGCGCAUAAAAAGUGGAAAAUUUGGUUACUGUUUUUU